AAUUUCUGAUCAAUUUCAAAUUUUUUUUUUUUUUGAUAAAUAAAUUAAUAAAAUUGUAAAAAUUUUGAAAGAUGUCUAAUAAAAUAAUUGAUGAUACCGACGAAACUAUGAUUGAUGCUGAAUAUAUUCCAAAUAAUUCAGUAUCAAAAGAGCAAACAGAAGCAGCAACAGAAAUGUUAGUUGAAAACGAUAACGAAGAGGAGACUAUUAUUAAACCAAAAUUUCGUCCUGCUACUAUUAAUGAACUAAAUAAUGGUAUAUCACAGCUUCGUAAAAUAUCGGUCCCAUCACAUAGAUUUAAACCGCUUAAGAAAGAUUGGAAAAAAAUUUAUGAACCUCUGGUGAAACAUUUAAGUUUGCAAGUUAGAAUGAAUACAAGAUCAAAUCGUGUUGAGCUAAGAACUUCUAAAUACACUAAAGACUCCGGAUCAUUACAAAAAGCUGCUGAUUUUGUCAAAGCUUUUAUGAUGGGAUUUGAUGUUGAAGACGCGAUAGCAAUUUUGCGUGUUGAUGAUCUUUACAUAGAUUCAUUUGACAUAAAAGAUGUAAAAAAAUUAGAAGGGGAUCAUUUAUCUCGUGCAAUUGGACGUAUAGCGGGUAAAAAUGGCAAAGUGAAGUUUGCUAUUGAAAAUGCAUCAAAAACAAGGAUUGUAUUAGCAGAUUCAUCUAUUCAUAUUUUAGGUUCAUUCCAAAAUAUCAAGAUUGCACGUGAUUCAGUAGUAUCAUUAAUAUUAGGUAGUCCACCAGGCAAAGUACACGCGAAUUUAAAAAUAAUUAAUGCAAGAAUGAAGCAGAGAUUCUAAAACAAGUUGAAAUGUUUUGUAUUUCAUUUUUUAUUAAUUAAUUUUAAGUUAAAUAAAUUAGGAUUUCGCACUCAG